GUCUGCUAGUCAGUCAUCACAAUUCGCUUUAAAUAUAUCAUCAAUUUUGUAAAUACGACAAAAAAUGUUUUUCGUUUCUUGAAAAUGUUUCGAUUUUUAACAAAAAACAAGUGCUGAAGAUGAUAAUUAAAACAUACAGAUGUUUUUUCACAAUUAAACGAAUUACUGGAAAUGGAAGUUCUCGAGGAAUAUCCACUUUCGAUAAAAGCAGAACGAAAGAAUACGAAAGUCGAAAAUUAAUUGGAUUUUCAAUGGAACAAAUGUACAAUGUGGUCGCCGACGUGGAGAAUUACAAGAAUUUCGUGCCAUUUUGCAAAACGUCAACGAUAAUUGAGCGAACGAAAGAUUAUAAGAAGGCAAAGCUGGUCAUUGGUUUUCCGCCAAUUAAUGAGAGUUAUCUAUCGAAAGUGACGACAAUUCAUCCACGUUUAGUGAAGGCCGAAUGCACUGAUGGUAAAUUAUUCGAUCAUCUCAAUACUCUUUGGAUAUUUAGUCCAGGAUUGAAAAAUAAUCCACAAACGUGUCUCGUUGAUAUUUCCAUUUCAUUUGAAUUUCGUUCGAUUUUUUAUUCGCACGUGGCGAAUUUAUUUUUCAACGAAGUCGUACGACAAAUGGAAAAUGCCUUUGUCCAAGAGGCGAAGAGAAAAUACGGUCGGCCCUGCAUUAAAACAGUUCGCCUCGAACGGUGAUGAAAAAAAGGUUUUUUUUUUAAUUUUUUCCUUUUGAAUUUCUUUUAUGACAAUUUUUUUUCUUUGAGGAAAAUUACAAUUAUUUCUCUGAAUUUUUUUCAAUUUUCCCCUUUUUAAUUUCUUUUAU